AUGGGCUUAGCCUGGGGUGCAAUGUACGGGGUUACUUCUAAUGCUAAGCCAAUUAGAAAGAUUUCCUACAUGCUUCCAUUCUUGAUCAAUGUUAUUAUGAUUGUCGCUUACUUCACUUAUGCUUCUAACUUGGGUUAUACUUCAAUUCCAGUUGAAUUCCAUCACGUGUCGACCUCUAGAGGCUUGGGAGUCAGACAAAUAUUCUACUCAAAGUUUGUUGCUUGGUUCUUGGCUUGGCCUGCUGUUAUAUUUGGUUUGUCUAUAUUAACAGAUACCUUUUCAAGUACUACCGCCUUAUUCUCUACAAAGUUGGGUUUAUUCCAAAACAUGUUUGCUAAGGUUUUAGGUACUUGGGUUUUUGUCAUUGGUUUAUUGAUUGGUGCACUUAUUAAAUCAUCUUACAAAUGGGGUUACUUUACCUUUGCUGUUUUUGCUCAAUUAUUUGCCAUGGGCUUGAUUUGUUACAACUACGUUGAUUUCGUCAAGAACAGUAGUGGCAGUAAGAAGCCAUUUGUAUUCUUUGUCGUUAUGAUGCACAUGCUCGUAUGGUUGUUAUACCCAGUCUGUUGGGGUUUAUCCGAAGGUGGUAACGUAAUCAAACCUACUUCCGAGGCUGUUUUCUAUGGUAUCUUGGAUUUGAUUAACUUUGGUUGCUUACCAACCAUUACUGCCUACCUUAACGCUCAAAAAUACGACGAAUUCGCUGACAUUGUCGAAGCUCAAACUGCCACUGAAAAGAUCCCUGCUUCUCCAAGACACUCUGGUGACACCGCUGCUUAG